GUCCUUCCUCUCCGGCGCGCGCCCAGGGGCGAGCAGGGCAGGGCGUCUGGGCACGAAGCUAAUUAAUGGCUCAGAAAUGACUUGCGCGAUGGCGGAUGUGCGCCCGAUGGCGAAGAAGGCCGACGCCAGGGGGUCCCCCCUGGUCACCGUGGGCCUGUCGUUCCAGUUCGGGCCCACCGGGCAGAUCCAGCAGCGCAAGGGCGCCCUCGUUUUCAAGGCGAGCGCCUCCCUGCAGAACGUCCUCGAGGCGAUCUCGGGACACGACGGUGAGCGGAGCCUGUGGCCGAGGCAGUUUGCGGACAGCCGCGGGCACCCGAUGGUGGCGUGCUUCUUCAGCUGCGACUUCAAUGACGGCGAGUGGCUGCCGCGCCCGUCCGGGAGUCAGCUGUCGAAGCUGGCUGGCCACGCGGGCAGGGUCCAGCUGCUGCUGCAGUUGUGCCACCGCGCGGACGCCGCGGCCAUGGGGGCACUGCCCUACUUCGACAUCUCCUGGGCCUUGAUCGUCGCCGUGGCGGCCGAGGGCGACCACGGCGGCGGCGGCGCCGCCCUCCUCGAGCACCCAGCGCCGAGCUGCCGCCCACUAUGGGGCGCGACGGCGGAACUGACGCGGCUUCUUUCGGAGGA